AUGAAGCCGCGCGCGGGCCCGGGCCCGGCGCCGCCGCCGCCGCCGCCCGGGGGGAUCCUGAGGCGGGGCGGGCGCGAGGGGGGAAACCGGCAGGUGCGUUUCGCGCCCAGCCCCGCGCUCCGGGAUGAGGAAGAGGAGGAUGAAGAUGGGGGCGUCCCCACCCUGGCGACCCCCACCCUGCACAGCAGCCGGGGGGGUCCCUGGGGGGCUCCCCCCGAGCCGUUCGACGCCCCCCGGGCCGCGGCCGCGCUCCUGGGCAGCUCCUUCGCGGCCCGCAGCGCUUUGGGCGGGGCGGCGGCCGCAGCCAUGAACGUGCCACAGGCCCAGCGCCUCUUCCGGGGCCUGGUCAGCCUGGCCGUGCCUCCCCCGCCGGGGCCACGGAGAGGGGUCCAGGUCCCCCCCGCGCCCACCCCGCAGGUGCCCGGGCCGCAGCUGGGGGUGCUGGCCGGGGGGGCUGGCAGGGGGAUGGGGUGGCCCUGGUUGCCCCCUCACGCCCCCCCUGAGCCCCCCCGGGCCCUCCCGCGCCCCCCCGGAGCCGCCUUCGCCAUGUACCAGAAGCUGCAGCAGUGGGGGGGUUGCUGA